CAGUGGCAGGAGGGACUUUCUUGUCCCUGUUGUUGUGCCGCGUGGAACUGUCCCAGUCGGGACUCCCAGUUGGUGUCUUUCAACUCACCCCCCUUCUGCUCUCUCUCUCUCCCCUGAGCCCACCUCUCUUCUGUUAUUCCCUCUUAAACGUCUCUCAGUCCACCUCCUGUUUUCCUUUGAAGAGGCUCUUCUUUUGUUUCCUCUUUAGACACCACCGAGGAGAAACAGGGGAAAGUGUUGUUAGGGUAUAUAUCACAGAUUAAAGGGAAAGAGAGCUGUGGAAAGGAGGCUUUGCUGCUGAUCAGGAGUACCCCUGCUGAGGCGCUCAGCAGCCGGUCCCUCCCGUCGUCUGUCCAUGCAGUAGGUGAGACUGAAAAACAGCCGGCUGAAGAAAGUUGGCUCGUCAGGAUUUGCUGUCUUAGGAGUGUUGUAGUUAUUUUUGAGGAGGUGGGGGGGGGGCGUUCAGAGAGGUUAGGGGUGUUAAAGCUGCAGGUGGUGCUCGGGGAGUUUGUUUUGCCAUGCAGCAAGCUUGGGAUCGGACAAGUAGCUGUACAGAGAGUGUACAGAGAGGCCGUUCAAAAAUGCUGGGGAAAGGACAAAGCGGUGGAUACCCCACUGAGACGACGGCUGACGUUCUGCAAAGCAUCCGUGCCGUGCCUGUGGACAGUGCCGAUAAGAAGGGCAUCCAGGUUGGGGGUCAGCUGCCAGGCGGUGGGCUGUCCGGGCCUCAGCAGCAGAACCAACAGCUCUUCCUGAGCCCUGCUAGCCUCCAACUUGCUCAGCUGCAGGCCCAGCUUACACUCCAUCGCAUUAAACUGGCUCAGGGGGGCAACACAGCAGCUAGCGCUCUCAAUCAGGUGCUUUCCAAUGUUGCCAUGUCCCAUCCCCUGUUCAAUCAGCUCCGGACUUCUACUUUGGUUGGAAACCCUCAGGGGGGGCUGCCCACGGGGAUGCUUGGUUUCCCAUCAUCAAAUUCACAAUUAGGGGCCUUGGUGGGCGGGGGACUAAAUCAAAACCCUGCAAAUGUGAGACUAAACCAUCCUGCUGGAGGGGCCCAACAGGAGUAUGGUAAAAAAUCAGGGCCAGCUUACCCGUCUGAUACCGACCGGCGUCUUCAGUUCAAUACAUCUGCAGCAUCAGCUUCCUGUGACGGACAGUACUCUGUGAUCAACACGCUGGCAAAAAACGUGAACAACGCCGGCUUUCAGAAAGAUUUCUAUGGUCAUGAUAUGCUGGGGCAACAAGCUGCUUUCAGUGUCAAUGAGCAGAACAUGAAUCCUUACAACCCCAGCGGGCACAAGGAGCAGUGGAAAGGCCCCCCUAACUUGAGUCACAGCGGGAAGGUGGAUAUGGUUUCUAAUGCUGCCAACGUGUGGACAGCAGCUGGCCAGCCAAUCCGCUCCAGAACUGAACUCUAUAACCCAGAGGAGCCGACCCCUGACCCCAAGUUCAAUCCCACUGGUGGGGUUUCCUCUUUUGGCUCAAGUAGCAUCCAGGGGUUUGGGGGAUACCAGCCCAUGCAUGGAAGUGAGGAAACACUAUCUUCAGGAGCGAGGACGCUUCAACCUUACCAAGUGAACGACUUCCACGCCGUCACGCCCUCUCAACUGCCGCACCAGUGUAGCAUCUGUGACAAGAAGGUCUACAACCUCAAGGACUGGAACCAUCACGUGAAGGGAAAACUGCACCUGCAGAACCGAGCGUUGUACACAAACGACAGCUCCGCAGUCGUAUCAGCUGGAGCGGUUCACUACACUCACAGCAGGCCUUCGGAUGGCGGUCUGAGCACCGGCGGCACAAACUCCAUGGUCUACUCCUCAGCGAGUCAAGAUGUGUCAGGAGCCAAUGCAUCAUACUUACCAGCUGCAGCCAUGAAGACGUAUCCCCUGACGGACGCAGGAUUCUCCUCCCAGCAGCAGCCGGAGUCAAAGCCAUUUCCACCGAGAAAGGCCACAGCAGGCCGAGUCGUUCACAUCUGCAACCUCCCCGAAGGCAGCUGCACAGAGAAUGAUGUCAUCAACCUGGGACUACCCUUUGGCAAAGUCACCAACUACAUACUGAUGCGCUCGACCCAUCAGGCAUUUCUGGAGAUGGCAUAUGUUGAAGCAGCUCAGGCGAUGGUUCAAUACUACCAGCUGACUCCAGCUAUGAUCAGCAAUCAGAAACUUCUCAUACGAAUGUCCAAGAGGUACAAGGAGCUGCAACUCAAGAAACCGGGUAAAGAUGUUCAGUCGAUCAUCCAGGAUAUCAGCUCUCAGCGGGAUAGAGAUGAGAUGCAAGAACUUGAACAUUACAUGCCAGAGAGAGCUCGCUCCCGCAGCCCCAUCAGCCGCUCUCUCAGUCCCCAUUCCCACAGCCCCAGUUUUACUUCCUGCAGCUCAGCCCCGAGCCCCCAGGCAGCGACGUGCAGGGCUCCAGAGAGAGGCAGCAAUGGUCUUGGCCCCCGCCGUGGCUCUUGGGAUUGGUCAUCACAUUUAAGAAGGUGUGAAGAUGAGAGGGAGAGAGACGACCCAUGGCGGAACGGCGGCAACAUGGAGGACGAUCGGUCCAAUGGAAGAGCAGCGGACCGUCGGAAGGCUUACCAGAAACCUGUCGAUCACAUCAGCUCGAGAUCCGCGGACGAUCGAGGGGGAGGUGAAGGGAUGAGGGGCAACAGAGACUGGCACCCUCGAGGCAGCCCUCAAGGCAUGGCCUUCAACGCUUACAGGAACAUGGAGGACGACUUCUACAUCAAGGAGCAAAUGUACAAGCUGGACAAGCCGCCCAGACCUCCGUACCAACGGCAUGACCCAAAACCCAAGAGGAGGGAUGGAAAUGAUUACCACAGCAGGCCGAGGCAUCCUGAGUUUGAGAUGACUGAGGAGCCUCUUCGUCGGUCACAAGAAGACAAGAGGCAGAGCUCGCCAGGCAGGGGCCGGAGCAAAAAGGAAAUCCGGAGGCUCAGCCCUGCAGAGAAACACGAGAGAGAAAACGCAUCUGAAAAUACUGAGCGCCAGUCCAAAGAAAAAUCUUCUUCACCUCAAAGCGACAAGCCAAAAGAAGCUGCUGACUGCAGUAAAGAUGGAGACACUGUGAAGGAGUGGGGAAGUGGAGACGACACUGAUGAAGAGUGUUGGUAUCCCAACAACAUGGAGGAGCUGGUCACCGUCGAUGAAGUGGGAGGAGAGGAUGAUUCCAUCGUUGAGCCGGACCUUCCUGAGCUGGAGAAGUUUGAGUCCUGCCUCAAGGAGGAAGCAGUGGUGGAGCUCACAUCCUCACCCGCCUCCUCCUCCCUGGAGCUGCAGGAGGCGUCUGUGGAGAAACACGAACAGGAACCUACGUGUACAGAAGCCAGAGACCAGACAGAAACAAGUGUGACUGAGAAACCAGGGGAGGUUUUAACCGCAGCCAGUCCUGAAGAAGAGCUCAGACUCAGUCCUGCAGCUCGAGAGCCAACACUGAAUAACCUGAGUGACUUCCCCACGGAGGACUUCAAGGCAGCACUGGAGGAGACGUGUUUGGAGGAUAAUGAAUCCAAACGAUGGCCUUCAGAAGAGACGAUGGAAAAUCACGGACAUGUAUCAAAGGACAUCAACAGCGUGGAAGGAGGAGAGGUCACUGAGACGAUAACUAACGCUGUUCAACUAAAGGACGACAGUCUUAAAAAAGAGAUCGAGGCCCUUUCACCAUCUCAGGAGCAGGACAAAGCUGUCAGUGAACUCAGCAUCCCAUUGGGAGUGGAGUUCAUCGUGCCACGGUCUGGCUUCUUCUGUAAACUCUGCGGGUUCUUCUAUACGAGCGAGGACACAGCGAAGACGAGUCACUGCCGCAGCACUGUUCACUACAGGAACCUACAGAAAUACCUGUCCCAGCUUGCAGAAGUGAGCCUGUUGGGGGCUCUCGCUGAUCCCGCCGCCGCACAGUGACACCAGCUUGACCUCUCACCUCUCGUACAGCAGACUGCGGAGAGGGGGUGGAGAGAUUUGUAAUGAUAGUGCCAAACUGUCAAUAACUGUUUUCACAUGUAUGCACUCCUGAAAAUUUCUAGAGAAUUUCAUGAGUACUGCUGGCUGUUCACACACGCACCUCUCAGCAGGAGACUAUCCCUGUCAGACGGGGGGGGGGGUAUCACGGUGUUUUCAGGACGUUUUGUGUGAGAGCUUUAAAUGACGGCAUGGAUGAGGAGACUCAUGAAAGCUUGAGAAUGUUUCGACUAUUGCACUGGUUUUUGGUAAUCUGCUGGUUGUAGGGAUGCGUUAAAGCCCCCGCCUUGAUGCUUUCAAUCUUGUAAAUACCUUAAGAGUACUUUAUAGUGACGCGACUAAAGCGAAGUACAGCGUUUUCAGUUCAUAAUUUUUCUUACGGUUGAUUUAAUUUAAUGCGAGUGAUUAAAUGUCUUUUCUUGGAAUGGAGACGUGUUCACAACGACGGCGUCAGUUUGUGCGUCUGAUCUCCGUCCUCUUCCGAGUGAAAUCAAACUGAAGGGAUUCUUUGAAGAACAUUUACAGUUUGUAAAGUGACUUGAAAAAUGUGUCAAAGAAAUUUUUAACUCAGUUAGAAAACUGAGGCAGAUUCUCAGGUUUGUUGUUUUUGUCGAACAGAUUUGAAUGUUUAGCUUAGUGAACAGCAUUUUCCUUUUUAUUUAUUUCUUUAAAGAAUGAAAAAUGUCUGCCGGGUAAACUGGCAGUUAUUCGGACUGAUGAUAAAGAAAAUAUUCAAAGUUUUAUUUUUGAUUUGUAUGAAGAGGAUUAGGCCGCUGAAAGUUUACACUUUUAAUUCUGAUGUUUACUCCCCAGAAUCUGGAGGAAAAAAGUCUGAAUUUGGACUUUUAUUUUGGAGUUAAAGGGCGUUUAAGAUAAGAUGUGGUGUGCG